AUGGGGCUUUUUGGCUGCUACAUCGACAGCAAAGGGCUGCAGCAACUCACCAAAUAUAAAUAUGUUUCUGCUGGCAGCACUCCAGUCGACAGGCUGAUGAAUCCUUUCUGGAACGCUGUCGUCUCUUACACCCCUCUUACGUUAGAUGCUAUUGAUGGGAAGCAGGCCCGACGAACAAACACCUCCACCCCACUGGGGCAGCUCUUUGACCAUGGCUGCGACGCGUUCUCCACUGUAGGCCUCAAGGGGGUUGAUCGUUGGGGAGUGGAUGGAUGCAGCGACGACUUUUGUGAGUUGAGGGCCAUUGCUGCUGCUGUUGCUGUCUGUGCAGCAGCAGCAGCUGCUGCUGCUGCUGCAGUGCAGCAGACAGCAACAUGCAUUGCAGCAACACCGGCAGCAGCAGCUGCUGCUGCAGUACGUGCCUGUUUGCUGCAGGUAUUUGCCGCAUUGAGCGUUUUGGGGACCAUCAGAGUUGGGCAGUCUGUUGCUGCCUUUAUGCUCAUAGCCAUUCUCCAGAUGCAGCUUUUCAUUUACACGUGGUGGGAGCUCCACUUCCACGAAUAUCGCUGUCACACGGGGAUUACGGGCGUGACAGAAGGGCAGUUUGUGAUGAUGGGCAUGAAUAUCAUCAGCCUCGUUUUCGGCCCGCAGAUUUUCACAACAUCUCUCGCCGAUGUGGCUCCUGUCUCGUUUGCGCGUGCAGCGCCGCCGUGUUUGCUGACUUUGCCUCUGCAGGCCUUUUUGGCCUUUCCCUUUUAUUUGCUGCUCGUCGGAAUGCUCACUUCCGACGUUUUGAACGGCUGCAGGCUCGCCGACAGGCCCGCCAAAGCCAUCUCGGUGAUGGGGGAGCAUCCGGUGCUGUGUUACUGGACAAUGAUUUGCAACACUUCCAUUAUCGCCCUUCGCCUGAACCUCUCAGCCACAUGCAGGAUGGACUUCUCCCCUGUUCAGUGGCCUGUGCUUCCGUUUUGGUUUUGCUGCAUUUGGCUGUACGCCGUGUCGCCGUCUGCUUCUGGAGUGGGGGCGCUGCUGCUGCCGCAGCUGCUGCAGCAGCAGCAGAAGCAGCAGAUGAGCCCCUACAGCAGCACUGUGCUCGCAGCAGUGCUGCUGUGGAGCUUUUUUUACCUCGUGAGUUUGCUGCGGUCUACAGUUUCCCUCAUUUGCCAACACUUCAAUAUUAGUUGUUUUGGCGUGGGGCAAGUGGCCCGAGCCAAGGAGCAGUAG